AUGCCAAAAGAAACGAAAGGGUAACAAAAAGGGGGAAGAUCCAAAUAUGAAACAACAGAACAAACUGAGACAUACAGACAAUAGGAUGCUGUAUAUAUUGAUGUUUAUGCAAUAGAAAGAAAAGAAAAUUCUGGGACCGAAAACCAAAUUAGAUUUAGAAAAAUUAGAACCAUACUUCACUCAAAAUAAUAACUAUGUUGGAAUGUUCAAGAAGGACGCAGGAAAGACAGACAAUAGUUCGGCUGUGGCAUAUUCUGUAACAAUUAAUCGUAACUGUUAGCAUCCAUUGGAUAGAUUGGGCAUCGUGGAGAAUGAGUACUGUUAAAAAUGCAAGAAGGACAAGGGAUUCUGUCCACACAAGAAGGACACUCACAACACCGUCAAGGAUCAAUUCCAAUUUCCAAUAGUCAGGUGAGAGCACUUUAUAAUUUGCUAGCUCUGCUGAAAUCGGAUGGAGAGAACCCAUCGACAAUGUGAAUUGGGGAUACGGAGUCAAGCAAUCCUUCCCAAUUUUCAAUGCAGACUUCAGAAACACGACUAAAAAGGAGGAGAAGGAAAAGAAAUGAUUUGUUAGGUCUAACCCCU